AUUGUAUCUCGACUCAGAUCAGUCUUAUCCGCGCUAGAAUUCAGGACACAUGAAACACUUCUUAUUACAAGACGUUGUGUAUUUUAAUUAUUGAAAUGGGACGUUUCAAUAUUUCACGCAUUGGGAAACUUUUUGCAGCUAUAAUGAUGGGUAGGUAACUUUCACAUGGCUAACAAUUUUUUUGUACACUGUGUCUCUUGACUGAUCGUGACAGCGUACCCAUCCCAAUAAUUUAUUUAAUACAAUUAAAUCCCGUUUAGGGGUAAGCUCUAGAUGUAAUCCCUACGCGUAUGCUCUAGGUGUAAGCUCUAGGGGUAAGUUCUAGGUGUAAGCUCUAGGGGUAAGCUAUAGGGGUAAGCUCAAGGGGUAGGAUUUAUGUAUAAGCUCUGGGUGUAUGCUCUAGCGGCAAGCUCUUGGUUUAAGCUCUUGGGGUAAGUUUUGUGGGUAAGCUCUAGGGUAACUGGGGAUAUAUAUUUAAUUUAAGUUAUGCCUCUGCUCAUUUUCAAAUCAAAAUAUUAAAUGAGUCUAGCAUCUAUUUUGUAGCGAAGGGGUGAGAAAUUUAUGAUGAUGAAUAAUUUUAAGAGUAUGUAUCAACGUGCAUUUUGGAAGAUUUGGGGCACUUAAUGUAAAGGAAUAAGGUUUGCUAAAAUAAUGUAAAGGAUCAUUAAUGGAUAACCCCAGAAGUUAUAUGCCGUUAAAUAUAUUCACUAGACCUGGCCCUAUAUACCAAAUUAUAAAACACUAAAAAAAAAUAUCAGUUGUAUAAAUUCAUUUUUAGAUCUACUAUCUUCGUUUGGCCGUUAUUUUAGAACGAGGCUAGAACGCACGUAGAACUUAAACUGAUGGCAGAGUCAUCCAUAGCAUAUUGGGUUCCCCAGGUCAACUACCGGCCCUAAUUACGUAUCCAAAAGAGUUUGCAUUAUUCUUUUUAAAUUCUUGAUUCAUUUGAUAGCAGAUUGUUUUCUCAUUUAAGAAACAUAUGUUUGUAAAUUUUAAUAUUUCGUUUUUUAAAGAAUAGAGGGGUAUUAUUAAAAUGUACCGUUAAAUUUCCACUCGAAAUAAAUGAAUAACUUGCAAGUAAUUUUAUUUUUUUUUUGAACGAAUAAAAGUAUACGCAAUUUUACGACAUUCAUCAAAGGGACGUCAUUCAAGUGUGUUUCUUUUUAAAUGAUAUAUAUUAAAAUAUAUAUUAUAACAAUUUCAAAUAUUGUGUGAAGUAAAUCUGCGGUGCAAAAUAUUAGGAUUAUCAUAAAGUGCAGGUACGUGAUAAAAUGUGUGGUUGGGAGCCUUAGGGGGUAGGUAGGGUACUAUAUAUAAAAUUGCAUUAAUUUGUAUGCAUGUUUUGUUUACUUUUUAGCCCAACCCCUCCCCAAAAGGCUCCAUUAUUUAGGAAUUGUACGCUAAACUUACUUUUAUUGGUUGUUAUAUUUAGAAAUGCUAGGAAAAUGUUUAAGUUUUGCUUUAAACAAAAGCAAAAAUGAACUCAGAUUUUAUUUAAUAUAUUUCAAAAAAUGUUAAUUUGCAUUUAAGAUAUUUUAUAUAUUGGUAAGUUUCCUGUUCCUCUGCAUAUUUCUUUCACCAUUUGACUUUUUUGAUGUUCUAGCUAUGCAAUCAUCUUGUUUCUGAUGCUAGUAAUUAUGUUGUCUUAUUCAUAGUGUAUUAUAAUGCAUCACUCGACUGAUUUGUUUGGGUAGAACUUCGAAUCAUUAUAUGUUGAUUUGCUCUCAUUGUAAUUGAUUUUCAUAAGAAAUCCACCUACCGUGAUUAUUUAUAGGUGUUGCCUCCUCUAGUUUUUUUCUGGGUAAAGCCUCAAAUUGUUUGGACAUCAUUUCAGUUUUUUAGUGGUUGUGGGGCAAAACCAAGACUAGUUGGGCUUUUAAGUUGUUUAUUACUGGAGGCACAACAGUACAAAGCAGUUUAAAUAAAGCAUAAACAUUCAAAGAAAAUUUGUGGGUGGGGGGAGGUGAAUGCCCCAGACUGACCUAUCAAUAUAACGUCCUUGUUUUUAACCAAAUAAAGAACAAAUCAGAAGAAACAAUCUGCAAUUAGAACUAAUAAGAACUAACUAAAGAAAAUAAUACAAUUGAAAAAAAACAUUUUUUAUUGUUGAUGGUAAGUUGAAGCUCUCUAGGCACAGCCAAUCGGGACAGUCGCAUAAGGGAGACAAAAUCUGUAAUUAAAUGUAAAACGCUGUUCUAUUGUUACAUCCGUUCAUUACCUUUCUCUUCAUUCUUUUGUAUGUCAGCGUUUUUCAUUUCUAAGACAUGAAAACAUCACAUACUUUACGUAAUGUUACUAUGUUCAAAGAAUGAUUUUGUAAAACAUAGCUUCUAACAAUGUUUUCCGUAUAAAUAUAUAUAUGUAUUUAUAUAUAUAUAUAUAUAUAUAUAUAUAUAUAUAUAUAUAUAUAUAUAUAUAUAUAACAAAAACAAAUUGUCUCUAACAUAUAGCAAAAAAUAGAGAAAUACCAUACAUCUGUUGAGAGAUUAUAUAGCAGCAACAAAUUGUCUGUAACAUCUUGCGUAAAAUAGAGAAGUACCUUACAGCUGUUGAGAGAUUGGUCAAACGAAAAGUAACGUUGUUUUAUUAAUAUGUAAAUGAGAGUGACCAGAUGAUAAAACAUAUUAUUCUACUAAUAGUUGUCUGCGAUCAAAAGAAAAAAAAAAAAAGAUAGAAUCAAUAUCCUUGAAGACCUAAAUAAAAAAAUCUCUAGUAUAAUCCACACAGCCGACUAAAAUUGUUCAAUAAAGGAUGUUUGGUGUUGUUUAUUAUGUUUGAUAUGUCAUCAAUGUGGGGUUAAUAUGUUAAACGUGUUCUGGGCUCAUAUCAUUGCACUUUUAUCGUCAUGAACAGCAUUUAAAUUAAAUUGUAGGACAUUGUCAGCAUCAAAAACACAUCCGCUUUGUUCUAAUCAAAGGAACAUCCAUUUUGUAAACAAAGAAUUCGGCACCAUGUAAACAAAGGAUACGCCAUCUUGUAAACAAACUAUCCGACAUGUUGUAAAUAAAUGGCGGGUAAAAAAAACCGACUAAUGACAAGUUCGCAAAACAUGUUUUAUAUUUCCAUGAUUUCCAAGAAAUAUGCUGUCGAACAAAAAGCGUUGGUUUUAUCGGAUAUAUUUGAGAAUCAUCCAAGAUGAAAAAAAGAAUUGCAAAUAUAAAUUAGUGAAAUUAAUGUAACAACAUUGAAAUCAAAUAAUUGACUUACUGUUAUCAUUUCAAGUCAGUGAGGGCUCAUAUUUUCUUUUUUUAAAUCAUAGAAUAAGGAAAAAAAAUGUGCUUUAAUGUUUAAAAUGUAUCCCUAAUUCUGACUAUACAUUUUGUUGCAAGAUAAAUAAGAAAAAGCUUGUCAAACUGUCAAUAACCUGACUAUUAAAAAUGCUUACUUGAAACAAUGAUGAAAUGAUGUUGAAAAAAACAGAGUAAAGUCCAUCAGAUCAACAUCAACUUAAAUCAUAAGAGGUGCGUCUCAUUUUAAGAAAUGAGAGAACCAUUUUUUUUGUGUUGCAGUGCCAUAUAAAUGAAUAGGACACAUUUCAUCAAGAAUUUAUAUUCUGUGUCUCAAAAUAUUUGAAUUGAUCGAUUAACAUAAACGUUCUAUUUCAGGUGGGUUGAUUUCAAGAAUGAACUCUUUGGAAAUAACAGAUCGUCUUGAUUACGUUUCUAAUGGAGGGAUUGGUACCACUGCCACUUUUAGAUGUGAUUGGUUUAGUGGCAAUUCAGAUUUUAGAUUGAACUUAAGUGUAGUGGCGCGGAGUAAAAAGCUAUUUAUAUACUAUUUGCCGGAACAAGUAUUUGUGACAGGUGGCCCUGACCUGCAUCCUCGGCUUUUUUUUACAUAUACAUUUACAUCUUUAACAAUGGCAAUCGUGGACAUCUCUUGCUCAGAUAUAGACACUUAUAUAUGUCGGAUGAAUUACAGUUCAUACAAUGUGGCGAUGAAUAAGAAUUCAACUGGACGUCUGCUUGACAUUAAAAGUAAGAUAACAUUGUUACUUUUGUUUUAUUUUAAAAGUUUACUGAUCAAAAUUUGUUUUUUUAAAUUGUUUAAUUUUUAAAAAAAAGUUUUUUUUUUUUUUGUUGCGCGUUGCAUUCAGGAGAACAUCUUUGAUGUAACAAUUUAACGUUACAAACUAUUUGAUCCAUUUAGUUCCUCCACAAGUGCCAGUGAUGACGCAACCACCGUCUCUUGAAGUAUUGGAAGGAUCAUCUAUCUCAUACAAAUGCCUGGCCAAUCUGGGACGUCCAAACAAAGGCAAAAUUGUGUGGAACGCUUACGUUAACGGCCAGAAAGUUGAGCUUUCUUUCACACCAGUUUUAAAGGAAACAAGUAGUAAGUUAAUUAAUUGCUAUUGAUGGCAUGUACUGUAAAAUGUUAUUCAUAUCAGACCCAGCCUAAUUAUGUAAUAUCACGAGGAGUAGCGAUGGGGCGAGUGUGAGCAAGCCGGUCUCACAAAGGUGAGGACCAGCGGGUCUCAACAGUUACUAUGUAUUUUACUCCCUGAUCACUUAAAUUAAUUUUUAAAUGUUUGAGUACGUCUCCAAAUGUUGAUCCCUUUCGCUAGUCUUUGACGUUUACUUCCAAAUUCUAUAAUAAUUAUGACUAAAUAAUUAAAUACUUUUUUUAAAAAAAAUUUUGUUCAAACGGUCAAAACAAUUACAAUAGGAACCCAAAAACUUUAAAUUUUGCUUACAAAUUAUCAUCCUAGAAAUCAACUAACGUAACAUACAUAACAAAUAUAUAUUUUUCAUGUAUCCUUUGCGACAGAAACAUAAAUAGAUUUAUGACAAUAAUUGUACAUAAAUAAAUUAAUCUUUUGAAAUGGAACAUACUCUCCAGAUGACAACAGUUGUACAUUUACUGUUGAAAGCACUGUGACUAUCCAGGUCAACAGGACAAAACAGAAUAUCACCUUGGCUUGCUUUUCUACCAACAAAGACUUUCAGGAAAUCGCACCUCCAUUUUGUGAUAAUCCUGGAACAGACUUGUGUGCUCAAUCUCAACCUUUGAACAUUCUCUGUAAGAAUUAUGAUUUGUUUGUGGAAUCGAACAAUUACUUCUCAAUUUUUAUAAAUUGAACUCUAAUUGAAGGACUCAAAUUUCCUCGAAACUUAUCAUGCUGCGCUCCCAAAUAAAAAAGCUUGCUUACUCCUGUUUUGGACAAUCGAUAUUUUGAAUCAUUUUACUGAAGAUUACACAUUUCUGUAACUGAUUAAAUUGUUAGACUAUAUUGUAUCAUUUGUAUAAAAUCCUUGAAGACCAAAAUAAUUUUUGCAAUUUCUUCUUUUCCCUCAGAUGCAUCUAGCCAAAUGAUAGUAAACAGAAUUCCCCAGUCCGAUGUUGAGGAAGGCAGUACUAUGACACUCACCUGUCAGGCAGAAGGCAACCCACAACCCAACUAUACAUGGCGGCAAGUUGGCAAUGCAAAUAGAUUAUUAAAUGGUGUCCAAGAAGGGCUCACUAACAAACUGAUAUUAAAUAACCUUAGUGCCACAAAGGAUUCGGGAAUCUACAGGUAGGUUGAUACUGUUCGAUUAUUUAUUCACACAUAAUUAAUUUUAUUAUUUUGACUUCCAAAUGUAACAUUUCGGGAUUUCUUUUAAGAUUUUAUCCCAAUCAAGACCUGAAGGAAAUACCAUGUUUAGAGACCGGGUUGAAAAUGUAUGCAAACAAGUAAUUUUUACGAUGUAAAAAUGAAACAAAAAUACAUUUCGGUAUUUAGUUGUCCAAUGGUGGGAGAUGAAUAGGUGUAAUUUAGAUGGAUUUGUGCACGGGGUAAAGGUCUGUCGAGUAUUGUAAUUCAUUACUUAAAAUUACGUUUCAUUUCUCGUUGUUCCUUUAAGAGAUUGAUAAGUUAGUGAACGCUCUUCCCGUGCUUGUGUUGGUGACAUAAUUUUAUGCUAUGUAUGAGGUAUUGGCUAGCAAGUUUUGUGAUGUACGUUUUAUUCGUAUGGGAGUCUUGAAAGAAACUUUAUGAAAAGAGGUUGCGUUUUGUUUCCCUAUGAAAUCGAAGUACGCUAUGCAAGUCUGUACUGCGUUUACAGUUUGUGUAUAUAACUAGAUAUUAAAGUUUCAUUUAUUGUGGUAAAGGACUUGAGUUGAUUCAAUACAAGUACAACCUAUUACAACUCAUGAAAAAAUUUGAUACAUUAACCAAUCUAGUAGAAACAUGAAUUUGACAGGGUUUAAAUAUUUAAGUAUAUGAAAAAACACUGCCAGGAUUUCAUGAUGAAAAUGAUGCUGUCUAAUUGUUGAUUUGGGUAUUAAUAAUGACUCGCUAAACGGCGCAACAGUAUUUUUAGCUAUUUAAAUCUAUUUACCCAAUCAUUACCUCGAUGAUGUUUGACUUAAUUUUGUGACAUAAUGAUUUCGUUUGGCUUAAUCAGUGUGCACAAAUGGAAUUUUUUUUUUAAUCCUAACUUGUUUCGAACAGCAAAAUUUGAGUUCAACAUAUAUGGCCUGAGAACUCGGUAGAAAUCUAUUUUAAGAAUGUAUAAAACAGUUGUACCAAGAAGUUUGUCCAACACUCAUCUUCUUUCACACGCUUACAGCGUGUGGUAGUUAUCAGACUAUAUUAUUUUAACGGGCAUUACACUUAAUGGAUAUGCAUUAUGAUUGAUUUGCUUUAAAAUUUAAAACAAAGCUUUUUCCCCUAAAAAAAUGUUACUUGAUUGGUUUUGUAUAUGGCGUUCGAAUCUUGUUAAUUAAUUCUUAUGUCAAUACAUUUUAUUUUUUGUCUGAAUUUAGGUUUAAAAAUAGUUAAGUCGCAACAUUAUUCUCAUUUACAAUCAUAAUGUGAUCAGUCCGUACCCUUAAAUAUUAAUUUAUGUCUAUAGCAGAUACACGUCUUCAAAACAAAGGGACCGGAUAUUGCAAUAUAAACGUCAGUAAGCCAUGUUCUGGCUAAAGACGUCAGCUUAACUGGAUACCACUAGGCACGCGUUGCGAAUAGUUAUGUGCGUUUAUGUAUUUACUAUUAAGAUAUUGCAUUGAACGAUUUUGAUAUGAUAUUGUACGAUUUUAGCAGUCCCUGGGUAACCAGGUCUUCUUUAUUUCUUUUAGGAAUUAUAUUUUUCCACACUUUAGAGCAGUAUACUGUGAUUUCAAACAUUUUGCCCAGUCUCUCUUAUUUCUGUCUUUCCAUUGGUGACUUGUUGUUUUUUUUUUAAAAUGUUGAUUACCAUGUUUGUGUGUAUAUGAGAAAUGAUUGGAUGAUUAUGAUAAUGUUGGGUUGAUCAACUACUAAUUUUACUAUUUUGUUGUAAGUGAGAAUAUUCACAAUGUAAUUUUUUUAUCUUCCUCUAGUUGCACUGCUACAAACAAUGUCAGAGAUGUGAAUAAUUCCAUUGCAUCUCAAGUCUCAGUAAACGUUUGUAUGUAUCACCUAACUAUUUAAAAUACAUCAGUUUAUUAUAGUAUAGAUCAAUUAAAACAUCCUUUUUAUUUGUUGACUUACUGGAUUACUUUAUACACAUUUAUUUAACUUUUUUUGUAAUAUGUCACAAUUUCUGUGGGUUUUUAACAGGUUCACUCCCUCAUCAUUAUUCAUUUACAAUUUGUCAAAGAAUGUGUGGGAACAAGUUUUCAUUAAAGAUUUUUAAACAAUAUAAUUUGUUAUAGUAAGGAUCCAGUGAUGGACUACUCUUCUCUGUUAUAAGAUUUUGAUAUGAAAGAGUUUCAGUGCUGGUCAAUUUUUAUUCUGUGAUCUGAUAUAGGCAUAAAGGUGUUGAGACUUACAAAAUCAUAUUAUGUUAAAAAAAUAAUUAUGUUGUUUCAUUUUUACACACCAUCAAUUUCAAGACUACUGUAAACUUUCUCUAUCAACAAAUCAGUAACUGUAAAUUACGCCUUUGAUCAGUGUGCGAUUUCAAAACUUGAUUUGUCACUCCCUAAUACCACGAUAGUCAUUACUUAAAAAAAAAAAAUUGAAGGAAAUACGGAAUUAUGACAGCACAUUAAUUUGAUAAAGAUCGCAUGGUGUGUUAAUAUUAACCUAGUAGUACUUUUCUGAAUAAAACAAGAGCAGACACAUUCUUCCUUGAAUAGAAAACAUAAAUAAAUCCGUCACUUAAGAAAACAAAAUACUGAAAGGAGGUUAGGCGUAAGAUGUGAUCUGGACAUUCUUACAAGGAAAGGAUGCCAGGCGUAAGAUGUGAUCUGGACAUUCUUACAAAGAAAGGAUGCCACGCGAAAGAUGUGAAUCUGUACAUUCUUACAAAGAAAGGAUGCCAGGCGAAAGAUGUGAUCAGGUAAUUAUUACAAAGAAAGGAUGCCAGGCGUAAGAUGUGAUUUGGACAUUCUUACAAAGAAAGGAUGCCAGGAGUAAGAUGAGAUCUGGACAUUCUUACAAAGAAAGGAUGCCAGGAGUAAGAUGUGAUCUGGACAUUCUUACAAAGAAUGGAUGCCAGAGUAAGCUGUGAUCUGGACAUUCUUACAAGGAAAGGGUGCCGGGCGUAAGAUGUGAUCUGGAUUUCUUACAAGGAAAUGAUGCCAGGCGUAAGAUGUGAUCUGGACAUUCUUACAAAGAAAGGAUGCCAGGAGUAAGAUGAGAUCUGGACAUUCUUACAAGGAAAGGGUGCCAGGCGUAAGAUGUGAUCUGGACAUUCUUACAAGGAAAGGGUGCCGGGCGUAAGAUGUGAUCUGGACAUUCUUACAAGGAAAGGAUGCCAGGCGAAAGAUGUGAUCAGGUAAUUAUUACAAAGAAAGGAUGCCAGGCGUAAGAUGUGAUCUGGACAUUCUUACAAAGAAAGGAUGCCAGGCGUAAGAUGUGAUCUGGACAUUCUUAACAUGAAAAGGAUGCCAGGCGUAAUUAGUGAUGUGAACAUUCUUACAAAGAAAGGAUGACAGGCGUAAGAUGUGAUCUGGACAUUCUUACAAAGAAAGGAUGCCAGGCGUAAGAUGUGAUCUGGACAUUCUUAAAAAGAAAGGAUGCCAGGCGUAAGAUGUGAUCUGGACAUUCUUACGAGGAAAGGAUGCCAUGUGUAAGCGUAAGAAGUGAUCUUGACAUUCUUACAAGAAAUGGAUGGCUGGCAUAAGAUAUGAUCUGGACAUUCUUACAAAGAAAGGAUGACAAGCGUACAAUUUGAUCUGGACAUUCUUACAAAUUGAUUUAAAUAUGUUUUUAUUAUUUUAAAUAUGUUAUCCAGUUUUCUUGUAAGGAUUCAAUAUUUACUCAAGUAAUGAUGUUAAGAAAGCAAUAAAAUAUCCAAAGUACAUCAUAAAAUGUUUAAUAUUCACAAAUUUAUAAACACAUUCAGGCAGAAGUUUUAAUCUUGUUACAUCCAUUCCCCUGUCAAUUUUCUACUAAGAUUUUGCUAUAUUUAAAUUUGUAUUAAUUCCUUUAAAAAAUGUCCUCUUUAAAAAGUUGCACCUAAAAAUAUUGCAAAUAUAAUAAUUAUAAAGACAUUUGAGUAUUAUUGUUUUCUGGUUGGUAUACCCAAAUUGUACAAAGCAUUUAAGCUUUGACUGGUUUUUCCUCAUUAAAGUAUAUACUCGGUAUUCUAGACUUAAAUACAGGUUUUAUUUUAACUGAAGGGAGAAAUGUAUCUUAAUUUAAAUAGAAACUAUUUAAUUUUUAGUGCAACGAGGCAGUCAGUUUAUUUUAACAAACUCACACUGACACUGUAUAUACUUGGAUAAUGUAACUUUACAUUUUGAUUUGCAAAUUUCGAACAUGUUUCACCAAAUUUGAUGUUCUUUUUAAACAUGAUCUGACCAGUUCCCAGAUCUACAACCAUUACAACCGCUACAACUGCUAAAAGCACUACAACCAUUGCAACCACUGCAACCACUACAACAACACCGAAGAUUUCGACAACUUUUUCAAGUUCCCAGGCUACUGGCCAAGAAACUGCAGGUUUGAUGAUAAAAUUCAUGUAAUGUGUUUUAAAUAAUGUUUUUAUUUUAAGACACCAUAUACUUUUAAAAGAUUGGCUCCAGAAAUUAUCAAUUUCCAUCAUAAGUAUAUUUAUGAAAUCGAUAUAUUUUUCUACUCCCAUAUAAGGACAUAUAAGACAAAAAUACUCUAAAUUUUUGUCUUUAAUAAUCUCAUUCAUCUAAAUGUUAAGAAACCUUUAAAAAUUUUAUUCUCUUAAUAUUUAAAAAAAAAUGUUUAUUAAGAACAUGUUUCAUAACAUAAGUCUUCUUAUGUACACAUAACUUGAAGCAAAUAAUGGAUAUAGAUAUUAUUUAGAUGUUAAUGUUCUUCAAUAUGUUUGCUAUUAGUUUACUUUUCUUUUCAAUUGUAGACUUGUUUAUAAAAGCAUAAAUGAUUUAUGAUAUACUGAUAAAUAAAUAGCACUUUGUUUUUUUACACUUUGAUAGCAAUAUUGUUCAGAUUGUUAGACCUAUGAAACUUGAAUAAUAAAAAAAUUUAUCUUUUCUCUUCAAACUGUUUCAGCAUAUAUACAAUUAUACAUAAGAAAAUCUAUCUUUUGAAAGCAACAUUAAUAUUAAUAUUACACCUAUGACAUUGCCCUAUAAUUAACGAGCACAUACAUAAUACGUUUAAUAACAGCAUUCUUCUAACUGUAAAUAAACAUAUACACAUAUUAUGAUUUAGACAUAUACCUGUAAUUAUUUUAUUGUUAAAUUUAACUACAUACAAUAAAUGUCACUUAAUAACCGUAUUGAUAGUUAGUUAUAUGCCUUCUCCCCUGGCUCCAGGCACUAAACGUGUAGGCCAAACCUUGAGACGUCUUUAAAACUAUUGAUAGUUUCAAUCUUUUUUCAAAAUAUCAAAAAAUAAAUAAUAACUCACAAUUGUUUUCUCUUAAAACAAACAAGAGAAAAAUAAAUCAAACUUUUACCUUGCAUUACAUAAUAUAUGUCUAUUUAUCGUUUAAUAAUAGAAUAGCAAGUUCAUGUGUUUUAUUUAAUAUUUUUAUACAAUUUUUUUGAAAUCCACACCAAAUUUUAGUUAUAAAUUAUUAACAGCACUUAAUUUCAAUUGCAAGUAAUAAUUUACUGUUGAAUUUUUUAAACGGAUAAUAUAAAAAUCAUUUUUACCGCUUAUCCGGGUCUUUAGAUAAGAGCCUAAAUAGAAAAAAAAAAGUUGAAAAAGAUAGGGAAAUUAUCUGUAUGCAUGAUUGUAUGAUUCGUUUGCAGUAUUUGAGAUAGGAUAAAGCUAUAACAUUUAUUUUUACUAGCUACGUCAAGCUACUGCAUUCUAGGUGACACCUUGAUAUUUUGUGAUUAAACUCAAUUUGAAUAGCAACUUCUUCUUCUUCUUCUUCUAUAUCUUAAGGGCCCACGAUCAAUUUAUUGAUCAUUUUGGCUCCUUUGCAUGUAGAUGGGAUUUGCAAUGUUUCUGUUACUGGUGGUGAUGAGGAAAUUAUGCACUAGGAGUUUGAAGGCUUGAGGCAAUAGACACAAAUGUGUCUAGUGUUGUCGCCUCAACUGUUCCUUUUGAAAGAUGGUUCCAGUCCCUGAUUGUCUUUGGCAGGAAUGAGCAGCUCCUAUACUGGCUUCUUGCUGGUAUGAGCCUGAAUUGCCUGUCAUGGCCUCGUCGCUGUCUUUGGGGGAGAGGGAUGAGUUUCUGUUUAAUACUGGAACAGUGGACCCGCCCAUUAUUUAUCUUGUACAUCAUGGAGAGCCUGGAUUGUCGUCGUCGUUUCUCCAAUGGUGACCAGCCUAGUGUUUCUAGCAUGCUGCCAACAAUAGAGGUAUUCCUGUAGCGGUUUAGGACAAAGCGAGCUGCUCGUCGCUGGACCGCCUCCAACCUGUCAAUGCUCUUCUGGGUAAAUGGAAGACUGAAGAUGCAUAAUCUAAAAUCGGACAGAUAAAGGCUUUAAAUGCUCUUUCUUUCACACAGGAGUUGCCAAUCUUUAGAUUUCGCCUUAAGAACCCCAAGGCUUGGUUUGCUUGGUUACAUACAUUGUUAAUAUGCUCGUCCCAGCGGAUCUCUCUUUGAUGUGAUCCGAUAACCCUAUAGUAUUUGACAUUUAAAAAAAAAAUCAGUUUUCAAAUAGGUGCAAUAACGCUAAGACUUAUCUUUUCACAAAAAGACGCAUACAACCAAUGUUAUUAUAAUUUUCACAGACAGUCCAGUUGAGACCAACUCUACAGCGAUCGCAGUUGGUGUUCCAAUCGGGCUGGGGCUAACAGCUUUCAUAAUAUGUGUAACUAUUGUCAUAAUAAGACGAAAUGAGAGUAAGCAGUUUAAUUCUUUCUAGAGUCUGAAUUUGUUUUCCCUUUUGACAAGUACGUUUGUUUAUCUUUAUUUUAUUUAAGCCUUAGGUAUAACCAUACUACUUAAAGCACAUGAUAUAUUUCUUAAAAUUAUAUGAUUUUUUUUAAUCCAAAGAGAGACGUAUUCCCGUCAGUUGAAAUUGGUUUCGGAAAACGAUUAAAUUUAUUAUUGCACAUAUUAAAUAUAUGCGGCCAACAAUUUCAUAGUUGGUCGCAUAUAUUUAUAAUAAAUAUAUGCGGCCAACUUUGAAAUUGUUAACUUGUUAUAAAUAUAUACGAAGUAUUUGUUUUAUUUUUUAUUUUUUAGGCUACAUUCUAGCAAAUAUAGUUGUAUUUUUUUUUUAAUAUAGGUUUUAACAAUGCAUUAUUAAAUGAAUUAUAUUUUAAAUAUUUGAGUCAUUUCAAAUAGGCAGUCUCUACACGUCCGGCUCGCCAAAAGAAAAUCUCCCGCUCUAUUUGUCCGGCGAACACGUCACAUGACCGCCGUAACAAAGUGGCACGAGAAAUUUGUCCGUCAGCCUUGUCAAGUGACUGCGAAUGAUUCAAAACUAUUGUUAAUUUUAAAAUCUAUUUCUCUACCAAGUAAUUUACUGAUUAUCCUAAAAACAAAUAAUGUAAAAAAUACUUGGGUAUAUUGCCAAAAUAAAGUAGGGGUUAAGCAAUAAUGCUUUCUAGAAGGAAGCAAUGCUGAGAGGGAGAGAGAAUUACGGUACAAAAAAAAUACGAAUGCUAAAAAUAUAAUAGUUAGGAUGAUAAAUAAUAACGUUUAAGAAGGAGAGGCCGAUAGUUCACAAAACAAUAGACCCUACAGCUCAAUAUGGGGCCGAUAUAGUGGUAGCCUAAACCUCUUCUCAUGCAAUACUAAAUACUAAUCCUGAAACGCAACAUUAUUGACAUCGGUCUGUUGAAGUCUACUUGUCUUAUUUUAUUUAGUUAAUAUUUUACAUUAAGACUUUAAGGUAGAGCUUUACAAGAUGUUAACCAAGAUAAGGGACUUUUUUUUUCUUUGAAGAGUCGAAAUCAAAUAGACUAGUAAUAGUAGUAGUAGUAGUAAUAGUACUACUAGUUUGUUUAUGGGCCGAUUAGUUUGAUAUUCAAAGUCAAACACUUGUGUAUCUCAGAGCAUUUGAAUAAAUGUCUUGUGACAUGCCCGCCGGAUGCAUAUCUCCGGCACUAUUUGUCCGCACGCCGGACGUGUAGACAUUUCGUUUUAAAUAAUAUGAAAGAAAAUUUAAAAUCAAAAGAACGAUACCUUAUUUAACAAUAUCAUUUAUGUUUAUAUGUAUUUAGGAAUUAAAAAAGAGGAAACAUCAAAGACGCGGUCAAACACAAUGUAAGCCUUGUUCUAUUAAUUAAAUUGUAAAGAGCGCAGUGCUAACUACAGCACUUAAUUAGUUUUCAAUGAGACACAAAAACUUUUAAACAUUGAAUUUAGAAAUAAAAUAAUAAUCAAAUGAAUUAUUCUUUUUUUUUAAAUUUUCAAAUACUGAUAACAUAUGCACAAAUAUGAAAAUGUGAUUAUUUUUUUUUUAAUUCCAGAAAUAGUCAAGAAUACAAUAAUAUAGGAGGUAAAUUAUAUUUAUUUUAUGCCUCCUUAACCAGCCAAUAAUCCACUUAAAUAGUAAUGUUAUAUUUAUAUGUGUACAUGUAUUCCUCUAUAUGGCAUAUAUAUAUAUACAUGUUUUAUAUAAAUAUGCUUAUGUACAUAUACAUGCUAUAUAUAUAUAUAUAUAUAUAUAUACGUUUACAUAAUUUAUAUAUAUGUAUAUAUAAACGUGUAUAUAUAUAUAUAUAUAUAUAUAUAUAUAUAUAUAUAUAUAUAUAUAUAUAAAUAUAUAUAUAUAUAUAUUGUAUAUAUAUAUAUUUUUAUAUAAACUUCUUAUAUAAACACAUAUAUAUAUAUAUAUAUAUAUAUAUAUAUACAUAAUUUAUAUAUAUAUAUAUAUAAACAUGUAUAUAUAUAUAUAUAUAUAUAUAUAUAUAUAUAUAUAUAUAUAAAUACAUAAAUAUAAAUAUAUAUGUAUAUAAAUUGUAGAUGCAUUUAUUUUUAUAGCAACGCCUUAUAUCAACACAGAGUUUCACGCAUAUGAAACAGCCAACAUUACACCCUGGUGUAUAAAUGAAGUAACACCAGCUUCUACAUCCCAGAGGGUUGACGAACCAAAUGUCAGCAUUCAAAAUGGUAUGAUAUUUCCUUUAUGUGUUGUUGUUAUUUGUAGUCAAUGAAACGUGUUAAUAAUAAGUGUCAAGUGCAAUAAAUGCAUCUUUAAUUCCACUUGUUGAAUAGCACUCUUGGACACAUGGGAACUUACAUGCGGGUUUCUUCGAGGAAAAUGAAAUAAAAUCAAUUAUAUUGAUUCAAAAAAACAAUUUGGUAGCCAACUUUUAGAUGUAUAGUUUUAAGUCUGUUAUCUCUUGUAAGGUAUAUUAGGAAAAAAAUUAAUAAUAGGAUCAAAAUUCAUGUAUAUCUGUAUUAUUCUUCUAAAUUUAAAUGUAAUGAAAUUGUAAACCUUGGUGAAUAUAAAUAUCAAAUUAGAUAUAUAUACUUUUCAGUUUGAUAAUAACGUAAAAUAAAAUUUAAAAAAAAAAAAAAAAUUAUGUGUCCUACAUCCAUAUACAAAUAGUUGACCCAUAAACAUUUGAACUUCAAAACACGAUUUUAUCACACGACACCUUUUGGCAGCUAAUUAAUUAAAGGUUUAAGGGAAACACUUUAAUGUAUUUGCUCAGUCGAUUUCAAACUCUUUCAAACAUUUUACCUUAGUUCUUGAAAAUAUUGUUUCUUCUUUUUUGUUUGUUGCUAAUUGGUGUUUAUUCUGUUCACUUAGGGGCGCUUCUUGUCAACACGUUUAUUGUUCUGUUGUUCGUUCACAAUAUUUUUUAUUUUUUUACCCUAUCCUAUUGACCGCUCUAAUUCAACUAUGGCCUAUAUUUUUAUAAGCCAUACCAGGAAGAAUAUUCUCCAUUCUAACAUGAAAUCAUCUUUAUAAGUAUAUUAGUUAAUGCAACUACUAAAUAUGUUCUUUAAGAAGCUAAAUCAUUAUUUCUAAUUUUUUAUGUAUUCAAAAGAUUUUUUUUUCAAAGGACACGAAGUAAGAAAAUAGCAAACAGAUACGAAGUGAAGGAGUGCAUUGUACAUUGUUUUCCAUGGCUCUAGUUUUACUUCUAUUUGUCCUGUUCGCUGAACAAGACUUCGCUGAAGAAGACUUUAAGCCUACAUUUUGAAAUCAUAUUGUUCCGUAUUUUGAAUCCAGCCUAAACACACCCUGUUUCACUACUUCAUAAGAAAAUAACAGUGCAUUUCGUUACGCGAAUUGAGUCAUAACAAAAUCUACAACACAAAAAUAUAAAAAUUCAAGAUCAUUUUUUUUCUUAAAAAUCAUUAGCCUACUUAAGUUAUAUUUAUAUUUAAUAGAUUUUUAAUUAAUCUCAGAUAAAGCAUACGACUAUUCUGUAAUGAUGAUUGAGUUAUUAUGUUAACUACUGCUACAUCUUUAGAAUAUAACUUUAUUUGUUUGUAUCUUGAAGUUUUGCCCAUAUUUUUCAAAUAAUCAUACAACUUUCUUGUUCCUUUAAGAACUCCACUGGAAUAAAUUUAAGAUAGCAUUCUUUUUUUAAUAAACAAACGUUACGUUUGAUGUUAUACUUUACUUAAAACGUGUUUAUAGAAUAAAGAGAGCCUAGGGGUUCUGUUUUUCAGUGAGGUCCACCUAGGGGUUCUAUUUUUCAGUGAGGUCCACCUAUAAAGCAUGUGUUUUGGAAAGGGAGAAUGACACAUUUAUAUUUAUGACAUAAAAGCUGUUGCAUAAUUCUAAUAAACGUAAAUAUUUGUUUUAAUUCGUUGUUUAUGUUUACUCAGCUGAAAAUGAAGUCCAUCUGUAUGACGAUGUUUUAUAAUACCCAUGCUGAUCAAGCCAGGUUAUGGACGAAUCUCGGACUCGAAAGUAUAUAACUUCAACGAACAAGUCAGAUAAUAAAUAGUCUAAAGAAUUGGAUAAAUUAUACAUUUUAUUUUUAUUUUUUAAAUUAAUGUUCACAAAAUUUUUUAAGCAUAAAAUAAAGAUAUUUAAAUGUCUUAUCAAUCCCAAUCUCUAAUUUUAAAAAAUCUAAACUGAUAUGAACGUUAUUGUAACGCUAAAAAUCACAGUCUUUUCAUGUAUAUUGAAGUACGCUAAAAAAUCACUGUCUGUUCAUUUAUAUUGAAGUACGCUAAAAAUGUCAGUCUGUUCAUGUAUAUUGAAGAACAAUGUGUCCAUUUUUCCGUGUAACUAAAUUUUAAACAAUAAUUUAAAAACAGAUUUAAUCCAAAAAAAAUCUUUACCUAUCCAUAAAUAAAAUGACAUUUCCAACUGAUUUACAUAUAUUUACUUUGUUGAUUCUCUUGUGAUGUGAAAUUACC